GACAUUGAAAUAAUUGCUACCAUAACAAGUUUAUCGCGGAUAGAUCAAAUUGCUAUAUUACAUUUUUGUUUGUUCAAAAAUAUAUAAAAACUCAAGUCAACGUUCGAUGGAGUCACACAGCAAACAUGCAACUUGAAACCAUCUUUUUAAUCGUCGCCGUCGCAGUCAGCGUGUGCGCUGAAAACUACGCACCUGCAGCCUCAUUUGAGCAGACAGAGUUUGAGCUUCCAGCUUCAACUUAUGGAGCUCCAAGGAGACCAGCCAGGCCGUUCACCUCGUACCAAGUCCCGACCAUACCAGCCCCGGCCGUCGAAUACCAAGCUCCCGUCGUUAGAUACACCCCCGCCCCACGUCGUGUAAUUCAAUACGAAGAAAUCCCGGAAAUCGAGUACGAAAACGUACAAGUUACAGUACGCAAACCCGUAGUUAGAUACAGGCUGCAAGCCAGACCAAUCACAGUUAUUAGGGCGCCUUCCAGAUCUUAUGGAGUUCCGGUAGCACCUUCAACGAGUUAUGGAGCACCGGCAUUCUAA